AUGGCUACAGAUUGGAUCAGCAAUCUCCCAGAUGAUGUUCUUGGCAAAAUCCUGUCUUUAGUUCCGACAAAACUUGCUGCUUCGACCGCUGUUCUGUCCAAGAGGUGGAGGAAUUUGCUUCCUCUGGCUCUACUUGACAGCCUUGACUUUGAUGACUCGAUGCUUAUUUAUCCCGACAGGGAUGACGGAGAAGAAGAAGAAGCAACGAUUCGUGAAAGAAGACGACACCUCUUCUCCGAUUUCGUGGACAAGACGCUUGCUCUCUUAAGCAAUUCUGCUCGCAUCAAGAGAUUCUCUCUGAACUGUGAGGACGAGGAUGACGAAUCUCGUGUCAAUCGCUGGAUCCGCACAGCUCUGGAACGUGGCUGCUUGGAUCUCAACUUAGCUCUCGAGACUGAUCUCCCUAUAGACUCUGAGUUCUUCACGAGCAAAGCACUGGUCAAGCUCUCAAUCUCCCGCGGAUUCUAUACUGGAGAUAGUCUUCCUUGUGGUGGUGUGCUCUUCCCUGCGCUCAAAACACUUUCUCUCGUUUCGACAUGCGUUUGA